AUGCUCACUUCGAAUGUCGAAGAAACAUCCAAUCCUCAAGAUAAUGGGGGCAAGGCUUGUAGUUCUACAAGUGAGGAUCCAGACAAUGAAGGAUGGAUCUUAGUCACUCAUCGGAGAAGAGGAAAGAAAAGUCCUCCUAAGGAUAAGCAAGCACCAAGAAGAUCCAAAAUGGUGAAACAACCAUUUAGGAAGGUGAUGCCAAAGGUGAUGUCGAGGAAAAUAAAAGAGGUACAAUCUAAAGGCGAUCAGGGAAAUGAUGAAGGACAAUCACCAAGGAAAAAGGGAAAGAAACCGUUUUUGUGUACAAAGGAAAAUAAUGAUCUUAUUGAAGGCUUAAAAAAUUUGACUUUGCCACUCACUAGUUUAGAAGAGUCAAAAUUCACUAAGUCUCCAUUGAAGGGAUUUGUAAGGCCAACAAAAGGGCCAUUAGUUAAACACGAUGAUUUUCCCUCUCAAAGAGCUAAUGGUUUUGACCCUAAUGCUUAUAAGCUCCUAAUAAGGGCUGGCUACAAGCAAGAAGAAGUUUCUAAGUUGGUACACAAGCCUAGUGAACCAACCAAAGAAACUUCACAAAAUCUUUCCAAGAAUCGUAAAGCUUGGCAAAAAAAGACAAAUGUUGUCAAAGCUACAAAAUCAGGAUUCGGAUUUGCACCCUUAAAGUUGAAGAUUCAUAAAGAAACUUCAAGAUAUAUAAUGACUGAAGAAGUUGAUGAUGAAGAAGAUACCCCAGUGGAGUCAUCUAGACUUUCAGUUUUCAAUCGCUUAGGCACAACCACAACUCGAACUUCAAUUUUUGAUCGAUUAAACAUGCCUUCAAAUCAAGAAACGCUAAGAUUGGACCUUAAAGUUGCUGUGCAUCAUCUAGCAGUAAAGAAAGGCGUUCGACCCAUUAAACAAGCUCAACGAUGUCUUCACCCUAACUUGAUUCCCCAAAUAGAGGCUGAAGUCAAUAAACUCAUUGAGGCUGGCUUUAUUCGAGGAGUCAAAUACCCUACUUGGAUCUCUAAUAUUGUUCUAGUUAGAAAGAAGAAUGGCCAAAUUCGAGUUUACGUGGAUUUUCGAGACUUGAACUAUGCUUGCUCAAAGGAUGAUUUUCCUCUCCCUUUGACAGAAAUAAUGGUGGAUGCAACAACUGGUCAUGAGGCUUUAUCUUUUAUGGAUGGCUCCUCUGGUUAUAAUCAAAUUCGUAUGGAUCCAAAGGACGAAGAGCUCACUACAUUUCGAACUCCUAAAGGUAUAUACUGUUACAAAGUUAUGCCUUUUGGGUUAAAGAAUGCAGGCGCCACUUAUCAAAGAGCAAUGCAAAAGAUUUUCGAUGAUAUGCUACAUAGGAAUGUUGAAUGCUAUGCGGAUGAUUUGGUGGUUAAGUCCAAAAAAAGGGUCGAUCAUCUUGAAGAUCUUCACCAAGUAUUCGAGAGAUUACGUCGAUAUCAAUUGAGGAUGAAUCCCUUAAAGUGUGCCUUUGGAGUAUCUUUGGGAAAAUUUUUGGGAUUCAUAGUAUGCCAUCGUGGGAUUGAAAUUGAUCAAUCAAAAAUAGAUGCAAUCAUAAAAAUGCCUGAGCCAAGUAAUCUCCACGAACUUAAAAGUUUUCAAGGAAGAUUGGUUUAUAUUCGACGCUUCAUAUCCAACUUGGCGGUUUUAAGGGCUCCUAUACCAGGACGUCCAUUGAUCCUCUAUAUUGUGGCACAAGAACGCUUUUUAGGAGCACUUUUGGCACAACAAAAUGAUGAAGGAAAGGAAAGUGCGCUUUACUACCUUAGUAGAAUUCUUAAUGAUCCCCUCAAGUAUCUUAUGUCAAAAUUAGUUCUUAGUGGGAGAUUGGCAAAAUGGGCUCUUUUGUUACAAGAGUUCGACAUCACAUAUAUCCCUCAAAAGGCUGUCAAGGGACAAGCACUUUCAGAUUUUCUUGCAGACUAUCUAAUUCCAGAUGAUUGGAAAUUCUCUGAAGACCUCCCUGAUGAAGAUGUUCUCUACAUUGAAAUCCCUAAGCCAUGGAAGCUAUACUUUGAUGGAGCAGCUCGACAAGAUGGGGUAGGUGCAGGAGUCAUCUUUAUUACCCCAGAAGGAGAAGUAUUACCUUACGCAUUUACUCUCAUAAAAAAUUAUUCUAAUAAUAUGGCAGAAUACCAAGCCUUGAUCAUAAGUUUGGAAAUGGCAGUGGAUAUGCAAAUCACUCAACUUAAAGUGUUUGGAGAUUCUAAGUUGGUUAUAAACCAAGUCUUUACACUUUAUGAAGUUAAAAAGCCUGAGCUCUUGCCAUAUGUCAACUAUGUUAAGAAACUUUUGAAGUGGUUUGACAAAGCCAGCAUGGAACAUGUGCUUAGAAAAGAAAAUAGACAAGCAGAUUCUUUGGCUAAUUUAGCGUCAGUAAUUGCAUCACCAAAUACAGAAUUAAAAGUGCAUCUUUGCAAGCGAUGGAUCAUACCACCAAUCACUCUAGGUGAAGAAGUCGACAUAGAGUCUAAUGUUGUCUCAGUCCUUGAAGGGGGAAAAGAAGAUUGGCAACAGUCGUUGAUUGACUACUUGGAGCAUGGGAAGCUUCCUAAUGAUUCAAGACAUAAAACCAAAAUAAAACAUCGAGCUCUUCGAUCUAUUUAUUUCAAGGGUACACACUAUCGUCGUUCCUUUGACAGAGUUUUUCUUCGUUGUUUAGGAGAUGAAGAAGCAUACAAGGCUUUACAAGAAGCUCACUCAGGAAUUUGUGGGGCGCAUCAAUCUGGAGCCAAGUUGCACUUCCAAAUCAAAAGAAUGGGGUACUAUUGGCCAACAAUGGUGAAGGAUAGCAUGGACUAUGCUAAAAGAUGUCAAGCAUGUCAAUUUCAUGCUAAUUUCAUUCAUCAGCCCUCUAAGCCACUCCACCCAACGGUUACAUCUUGGCCAUUUGAUGCUUGGGGACUCGAUUUGGUUGGACCACUACCUAAAAGUUCCACAGGGCAUCUCUACAUACUCGCAGCCACAAACAACUUUUCAAAGUGGGUGGAAGCAGCAUCUUAUCGAGAAGUAAAGAAAGAAACUGUUGCUACCUUCAUUAGAACAAAUAUCAUUUAUCGUUCUGCUGUCCUCCCAUUAGAGCGUCAAAUUCCAUCAUUGAGAAUUGCCAUUCAAGAAGGUCUUUCAAAUGAAGAUAAUGUUCGCCUACGCCUUGAAGAACUUGAAGCGUUGGAUGAGAAAACGUUGGAAGCACAUCAACGCUUGGAAUGUUAUCAAGCUCGAUUGUCCAAAGCUUUCAACAAGAAAGUUAAACCAUGA